UCAUCAGCCAGUCAGUUUAGUUCCGUCAGCAGACGAAGGAAAGAAAGAUUGGGUGUUGAAUGUGUGGCGCAUUUCUAGUGGAAAUAAUCUCGAAUUUUUGUGAAAAAUCUUCAAUUUGGGUGUGAAAUUUUGUGUGACCACAGUGGUGGCGUGUAAGGCAACAUGUUUUCCGUACAGCAGCAGUGAAAUUGUGUUUCGCGAAGCGUGAACGGAAGAUUUUUCGCUAAACGAUCUGGGAUGAGUGUUGUUUCGUCGAGUGAUUGAAAGAGGAGCAAAAAAUAAGUGCUGAAGAAGUUCGGGCUUCUGCUUCAUUUUGAAAAAAGGGUUUCGACGGCGAAAAAAUCGCUUCCAUAUCGUAGCUUUAUUGCAUUAGUUUGUCGUGUUCGGUGCUUAGAGGGGAAUCACACAGUCGGUCAAACUGGAACGGAACAAAAGAACGUCGACCAGCAGCAAAGACGCCCGAAAACACCACGGUUCCGAGGGAACGAUUUCUGCUGGAUCCGUGGAAGGCGCGGGAGGAGGAGGAGGAAGUGCCGACGUCGGGAGUUCAACGACAACAGCAGCGGAAGCAGUCGAAAGCAAAAAGAAGAUGAACGGGCUUAGCUUUAGUGAGUUGUGUUGUUUGUUCUGUUGCCCGCCCUGUCCGGGCCGGAUUGCGUCCAAGUUGGCAUUCUUGCCCCCGGAAGCGAGCUACGAUCUGAAGGCGGACGAUGCCGCCAAUAGUAAAUUUACGCUGAAUCUGCUGGAUCGGGCCGACUGGCAGUACGGUGACCGGGAGAAGGAGUGCUUCGAGGCGUUCUUUGCCCGGUCCUCCAGGGGAAACCGAAUCGCCUGCCUGUUCGUCAAGUGCAGCACUAAUGCCAGAUUCACACUGCUGUUCUCCCACGGCAACGCAGUGGAUUUGGGUCAGAUGACGAGCUUCUUCAUCGGACUAGGCCAGCGGAUAAAUUGCAAUAUCUUUAGCUACGACUACUCGGGAUACGGUAUGAGUACCGGAAAACCAACGGAGAAGAAUCUAUACGCCGACAUCGAUGCGGCGUGGCACGCGUUGCGGACGCGCUACGGCAUUAGCCCGGAGAAUAUCAUCCUCUACGGACAGAGUAUAGGGACGGUGCCGACGGUGGAUCUAGCAAGCCGGUACGAGGUUGGCGCUGUCAUUCUGCACUCACCACUGAUGUCCGGCAUGCGGGUAGCGUUCCCGGCGACGAAAAGGACCUGGUUCUUCGAUGCUUUUCCCAGUAUCGACAAAGUACCCAAAGUGACCUCACCGGUACUGGUGAUACACGGCACCGAGGACGAAGUGAUUGACUUUUCCCACGGAAUGACCAUCUACGAAAAGUGUCCCCGAGCGGUGGAGCCCCUGUGGGUCGAAGGGGCCGGACACAACGACGUGGAAAUGUACAGCCAAUAUCUCGAGCGACUGAAGCAAUUUGUAUCGGUGGAACUGGUUAACUGACAAAAGUUGAACAAGGGCGGUGGAGGCAGUGGCGAUGGAGGAGGAGGAGGGGGAGGAGCAGCAGGUGGAGCAAGUGGCCGGAAGAAGCAAAGUGCAGAUAAAGAUAAACGCAGCAAAGACACACCGGAUAGCAGCGGUGGUGGUGAUAUGGCAAUUGACGAUGUACCGGAGGAAGAUGAGAUCGAAGACGAUCUCAAUACAGACGACGAGAUACUAAACGCAUCAAUAACUAUCAGCUCGAAUUCGAAUGUGUCGACAACGGAGAAGCUUCUCUAGCAUCAGGGGUCGGACGAUGGUAGCAACGAUCAUUUGGUUACCAUCAUCAUGCCAUCCACCGUCAAUCCAGCCGUUCCCGCUGCCAGCGCAUCCAUGCUGCCCCAUGAUAGCAAUAGCCACAACAACAGUCUCAACAAUAGUAAACGAAGCAACACUUCCGCUCGCAGCAGUGGAAACACCAAGGCCACGGUCCACAUCAACGGGAUCGCGGUUGACCAUUUCCAGCAGAACUCGGACGUCGACGAGGAUCGCAGCUCGAUGGCGGCCUGUCAAAAUAACGAUAUCCAUGGAUUCAUCUCCUACUCCAGCGAUAGCAGUAUGAUUGAACUGAACCUUAAGUUCAAGAAAUGCGCGUGCAAUGAGAACAUAAUCAAUAUAUCCAAAGAAAAUCUCCAACAGCAACAACAACAACAACAGCAACGGACAGAACAACGAAACUCGGAAUCGUCGUUGGCCAUCGCUACCAGCAUGUCUUCUGCCGGUGGUUUGUUAAGUGAGUCAAUGACAAGAAUCGAGGAGGCUUCCGCUACUGCCGCCACACCGUUCAACAAAGAAGAUCUGAUCUGAACUCACCUUAUUGCCGUCCCAUGUAGCACAAACAAAGAAGUAAAGCUAAAAAUUACAAGUAUAAAACCGUUGUAUAAAAAAACGCAGAUUCAUAUUUAACUGCUAGUAGCCGCGUAUUGGUAACAAGCGAAUAUUUGAACAAUAUUCCUAAUCCUCCUCACCGGAUGCUUCCUACUAUAAUAGAAAAAAAAAACAUUCGAUAGCUCACCUUACUACAUGUGGAAGCGGAAACCACCAGAGUCCCUAUUUUUACAACCAUAGUUUACUAGCGAUCGUGUGACCGCUUCCACCCGUGUUGAUGAUCUUGCAUUCCUUCGUAGUUUUUUUCACUAACUAGCUAAUUCUAAACGAAAAUCCUGCAUUUAUUUGUCGUGUGCACAUGAGACAAUGUGAUACAACUUACUAUCCCUAAGUUCCCGUGUGCAAUCCCCACCAUGUGACUUCUAUCUUCCUAUCGCGACAAACGAAAACGAAUAGUCUUCUGUAAAAACAAGAAAAAAAAUGUCAAACCAAUGGAACCAUUCUUAUUUUUGCUGCAGCUAGUUAUACAAGACCGAACGCAGAAACAAACACUCAACAGUAGAUGAGAACAUAAAUUUAACAAACACACUCGUACAACCAAGGACUGCAUAAAAAGUAAUCUAAUCAAACUUAAUAUGUGACUGUACUGUAAUAGUAGAAGACACAGCUAAAAGGAAUCCCCCUUUACCCCGUUUUUUGAUCUUCGAAUCUAUUAUACAUAACCGAGUUAGACGAAUCUAUAGCGACUGAGAGUGGCAGAAUGUAGAACUGACGAAUCUGUCAUCGUAUGUGGUAUAGGAAAAUUGUAUGGAUAAAAUAAAGCAAAUCAACUAGUAUAGAACCUAAUAAAGCAAACAGAAAAUAACUACAACUAAGGUGUUUUAUAUGUACGCGGAAAAUGACUUCAUCAAAUUAUUCUGUUAGAUCGGUUAGGCAAAGUACGACCACACGCAAUAUGCAGCAAUUUAGUUUUUCUAACGAAUUGUUUGCAGUUCACUAUACUGCCAUGAAUCGCAAGUCAGGCCCAUCUGCAUUUUCGUCAAAAUUGAGUUGAGUUCAGUUUUCAACAUAUCUUCCAAUGCUCUUUCAUGCACUAAUGAAAUGAUAUGAUUUGUUCGAAAAAAUUGAGAAACAGCAAGUCAAAUUGUCCCAUAAUGAAAAGUAACCGCAUAUCAGUCCCACUACAGAUCUCCGCACCGUGUAACACAAAAAUGAAAUUAGUUUUAGUCAUCUUUAUAUUUUUCUCGGAAAGGUAUUGUAUUGAAAAGCAAACUGUGAAAGUUUGAAUAAAAUUUGAACAUGUUUCAAUCCUGUGGAAUUUUUUGAAUAUUCGUAUGGAAAACAAGUUUGAAAACUUCACAUCCCAUUUGCUCAAUGCCUACUUUUUACAGAUGGGACUGACUUGCGAUUCACGGCAGUAUAAGUCCCACAUAACAAAUUUGAUACUUUUCCUCCGUUUCGCAUUCAUUCAACUUGAAAUAUUGUCAUAGCUUGCGAAAACAAAUAGCGACGGAGUGCGUUUAAAUGAGAAUCCCAUCCAAUUUGUUUCUUCAAAUUCUAUGGUGUAUGAAAAUUAUUUUUUUUAGAAGUACGAGUCCGUAUGUGUGGUGUAAAAAUAAUGUCAGAAGUAUAAUACAAUAUUAGCGGUUCAUUAUGAUUGUGAGCAUUGAAAAAUGCGUUUUUUAAAUUUAUUACCCAAUUAUUAGUCCAAGUGAAAAAGAACAGCCCGAAAAAUGAAUAUUAUUAUGAUUAUUUAAAUGGUAAUGAAAUAGUAUAUAUUAGUUGUCAG